AUGGGUUCUUGUUAAGGUUCAACAGUUGAUAUUCAAUAAGAUUUGAGAAUGAGAGAAAUCAUGACUAAAUUUUAAGUUCCUAUGCCAUAUAUUGAUGAAUAUAAAAUAUUUUAAACUUUAAAAUAAGUAGAAAUGUAGUUUGUUAAUAUUAUUAUUUAUAGCAUUUAACAUAAUAGUAUUCCUCAUUUUGAUUUAAUUUAUUCAAAAAUGGGAGAUUCAUCUAAUAAAAUGAAGAAUCUUGUUAAGAAAUGGAGAAUGAAACAUGAAUAACAUAAUCAUCCAAAUUUAUUAUCAAUUCAUAAUGUUUCAAUUGUUGAAUCAAUGAAAUUAUUUAUACCUUAUACUAAUAUUAUACUUCUAAUAGACAAACCAUUACAACCUUUAACAAGACAUAAAAAAGUUAUAUUGAAAUAACCAUUUUCAUAAGAUGAGAUAUUAUUCUUAUUAGAUUGUGUAGUCUCUGGUUUAGCAUUUUAAUAGUAAAAUAAAAUUUAUCCAUCUGGAUUUGAUAUUGAUGACAUUAUAACUGUUAAAACUCCUUUUAAUACUGAAAUUUAUAAGUUAGUAGAUAGAUAUUAAAAACCUAUUCGAUCCAAUUUAUUUUAAGAUUUCAUUUAACUAUAUGAUGAUAAAUAAAGUAUAUACUAUUUUUAUUCAUUAUUUAGCUUUGAAUGAAUUAAAAAAAACAGCCUUUUUUCACCUGCUCAAAUUGAAGCUAUUCCAAAAAAAGACAAGGUAUCAAAUUCUUUUUUUUUAUAUUUAGUAUCUUAAACACAAUAGAUAUAAAUCUGAUGUAUUUAAUUUUGCACUCAUAUUGAUUUAUUUAAUAUAAGCUAAACAUCCAGAAAUAUUUGAUUGGAAGAAAUGGACAAUUGAUGAUUUUGCAUUGAGAAAAACUUAAGAUGAUCUUUUAGUGACCAAUUUUGAUGAAAAUUUAUUACAUAUUAUAGAACUUAUGUUAACAGUUGAGGAAGAUAAAAGACCAGAUUUUGUAGAAUUAGAUGAGAUCGUCACUAAAUUAUUUUCAGAUCUAUAAAUGCAGCGUUUAUAAGAUAAAUAUUAAAUACAAGAUUUUUUUAUUAUUCCUAUUGAUAAACCAUCUGAUUUCAAUAUUUAGAUUCUUAAUGAUAAUAUAUAUCAAUCCAAAUAACCAUAAUAAUUAAUUGGGUCAUAAAAUUUAUCAUAACAUUAAAGAAAUGAUUCCUAAAAAGUUAAAUAAAGCGACAUAAGUUAAGCUUCUAUUCAAGCUUAAAAAAAUGAAAUUAAUAAUAACUUAUUUGAUAAUAAUAUAGUUGUAACUUAAGGGAAAUUACAUUAUUCAAAUGGAUUUUAUUAUGUUGGUUAAAUUUGCAAUAGGAGAAGACAUGGUGUUGGAACUUACUACAACUAAGAUAACCAAAAAGUUUCUGAAGGCAAUUGGGUUUUUGAUAUACCUGAAGGCGAUGUUAUAUUAUAUAAUCAUCCAGAAGAAGAAAAAGAGAUGAAUCAUAUUAAUAUGUCCAGAAAAGAUUGGGUUCAGUAUAAAGGAUAAAUGAAACAAGGUUAAAAACAUGGAAUUGGAGUUCUAUACUUUUCUGAUGGAUCAAAAUUUAUGGGCAAUUUCUCUUUUGAUUAAGCACAUGGAAGAGGCUAAUUUGAAUAUUAAGAUAAAAAAUAAAUAAUUGGAACUUGGUAACAUGACAUAUUCAAUGGUUGA